CAAGAAGAGAAUCGCCCUCAAAAUUCGUCAGCUCUCGUUGGGAGUCAUAAACUCGGUGCAAAGUUCUUGAUAUCUCCCUUAUCACCAAUGGAACCUCUUUCCUUUGUCAAUCAAUGUCAAAACUCGCAUCUUGUUUUCUUUAAAUCCGAACCGUCCCAAUAAAUCUGACUGGAGUUGCAUGCAGCUUACGACUGAUGAUGACGAGGCUAUACCUCUUUAGCAUAGCGAUACAACCUCGUCUUCACCUCGACGUCCUCCAGCCCUUCUUUGGAUUCGUAAUCUUCACUGUUUUGACAAACUCUUUCCCGUUCAACUCACAAUGGAUUAAUGCUGAACGCGCGUUCUUCUUCUUUUCCUCAAGGAUUCACAGUGUUUUCCAUAUGGCUUGAACGAUUACAUGGCGUCGUAAUUCCAACUUAACGCCGCCCGUGGUCCGUGAUAUUCACGGAGCGUCUACCGAGAACAACCUUUACUCAUCUUUGUGUUGUUGUUGUUGUUCGCUCUACGCGAAGCGGCAAAGCAAAGUCAGCGUCAGGAUUGUUUGAAGGUUAGAAUUGACAGGGAGUCGGGUUUUUGAGGACGCGAAGAGUUUUCAGCCAUCAUGUCACACCCUUAUUCGGACAACCUCUAUUCGUACCCAGGCCUGGGCAACGACGAUGACAUCGAGGAAGCUCCUAAUCAUCGUCACGACCAAGGACAAAUCCAAAAUGCAUUUCGACCCGUCGAUAACUUCAUCGAUAACACGUCAGGAUCUUCGUUCAACUCUCCAUUUUCUCCUCCUCCCUUGGACGAGGACCCGUCUCUCGAUCCGUCAAUGACCGGUGAUAGCAAGGCGAGAGAGGCGGCUCGCUUUUCGGGACGCGGCGAAGACGUUCACAACGCCGAUGAAGGAGACACAGCGCAUCGGUCGUCUCGGAUAGAUGGCGGCUAUCCAUCUCUUCCCGCUUCCAGUUCGACAUAUGCCACGCCAUCAACCCAUCCACCACAACACCAGGCCGCGUACUACCCCCACUUCCCAUCACAAGCCGGCUCAUCAUCAUCCCCAUAUAUAUCCUCAACGUCCGGUUCACCUUACGCGGCCUACCAUCACCAACACCAUCAAUCAAUAUCCAGUCAAGGCUCAUCACCAUUCCCCCUUGAGGCCCCUCCCGCCUAUACUCCUUCACCAACAUCGGCGUCGCCUACAAGCCCCUUGAAUUCUCACAUAGCAUCCUCAACAACCUAUCAAACCUUUCCUCAGGCAACAACCCCAUCCUCCUCGACCGACAGCAUGGGUCGUCCGGAUGAGUCUACUGGUCUGCUGAACCGUGGCCCAGAAAGCAUGGGCAACCCCAGUGGUGGGCCAGAUAAUGUGAAACCUACAUUGACUGAGCGAGUUAGGAAUCGUCUGCCCUCCCGAGAGACCGUCAGGAAGACUCUCCUGGUGUUGGUUGUUGCGGUUCUCCUUUUGGGCAUUGUUACCCCUUCGUCCAAUUCCGACCACAACAACAACCCCUCAUCUCCUUCUCGCCCCGGCCAUGGCGGCGGCGGACAAGGAGGUUCUUUACCAUCCAGACCACCCGUCAUGCAAUACCCCGAUAUCGACAACGAGUCCGGCUGGCUCUCGCGCUACCGCUGCCGCGGCCGCACCAUCGCUCGUCCAACCGAGACCUACGACGUCUCCUUCUCCUCCAGCAAGCACCUGACCAUCAACCAAGAGCGUCUCGACGACGACGGUGACUCGCACCACUAUGACACCUACGUCCAAAUCCAAGGCGAAGUCAUCGUUCGUCGCUCUUCAAAGAACCAGAACACCCCCAACCCUUCCAUCGUUGUGGAAAUUAUCGUCAACGACGACCGCAUCCCCAUCGAAACGCACUGGAAUCCCAACGACCAGGCCCUCACCAUUAAGACCCCUGAUGGAAUAAACACGGGUGAGCGCAACCUCAGGUUAUGUGCCACCGUGAAGGCCACCGUCUGGGUGCCCGAGGACGCGGAGCUCAAUUACCUCCAGAUCGCCACCAUCCACUUGGGGGUACAGCUGCUCGAUAAUUUGUCCCUGACCGUCGAGACCCUUGCCAAGUUCGACGCUGUGGCUGGGAACAUCAUCUCUGCUUCCUCUGGGGGCAAGGAUGUUGUCGCUCACAGAAACAGCAAAAACAAGGAGGUCCCGCGAGACACCUCCCCGGACUCAUACGCCUUCCACCCGCGCAAGUGCGAAGCAGGCACCACAUCGGGGGAGAUCUACGGCGUCUGGCCGCUCUUUGAUUCUCUGGCAUUGAAAUCCACAUCGGGGGACAUCAAAGUCGGCAUUGAACCGCACGACACGUGGGACCAGCAGUCGGCGCCACAGUCUACAGCAGCAGAGCUCUCCAUCCAUUCCAACUCGGGCGACGUUGACUUUCGCGAGCGUGGCGUCAACUCGGGCAAACCCCCGCUCAAGAGGGAUUACAUUCUCGACGUGCACACCACGAGCGGUAACGUCCACGGCCUGGCAGCGUUCUCCUCUUCUGCGACGGUCAAGAGCACGAGUGGGACUUUGAAUCUGGGACUUCUCCCGGUCCUUCUUCAAUCUUCCUCUUCAUCUGACAACCAGCACCCAGUAGAAGUCUCAACCUCGUCUGUUUCUGGCUCUACAACAAUCACCAUCUUUGACCCGCUCUAUUUCUCCUCUUCAUCCGUAUCUUUCUUUACUUCUGCUGUGGCAACUCAACAACCCCUCCGAAAUCUCCACCACCAACACACUUCCACGUCGGGCGACUUCCAUCUCUACCUGCCUACUUCUUGGGAGGGCGAGAUCGGCAUGACGUCGCUCAGCGGCAAGCUGGCCGUGAGCGGGCAGGAUGUCAGAAUUAUCAAGAGUGGGGAGAAGUGGCCGGGAUUCAACAGGGAGUUGAUCGCUAGGAAGGGUCCGGAGAGGGAGGAGGGAAGUCGGGUUAGGGUGGGAUUGACGAGUGGGAGUGGGGAGGUUAGAGUUGGGUCAUAGAUAUUGGAUUGAUCGUGAGUGGGUUUGGGCUAUGACUGAGUGAGGGAUAGAGAGGUUUGAUGGUAUGAUAUGGUCAAGAGUUGACUAUCGAUGGGUAUAGGUAUAGGGAUGUGUAGGAAUGGGUACCUGAGCAUGGGCUGGAUUCUUGUUACCUAUAGCUCUGUGUUCUUGAUUUGGGAGUGAAAGCGCUGUUUCGCAAUAUGUUCGGUUUGUAUUCAUGGUGUCUAUGAUGUCGAGAUUGUUCAUAAAAGUAUGUUCGAAUGAGGAUGGAUACACAUGGUGGAACGAGAUAAUCCAGGCAUAUGAUAAGCUAGUAGUUAUUACAGGCUACAUCUAGUAUGACUGCUAGCUCGAGACCUCGGGUCAACUUCCGUAGAUGUCUCCAUGCUGCGAGGGUGCCUUUUUCUGUCUUUUUUAUUGUCUUCUUUUUUCUCCUAACAAAAUACACCAUAUUGGAUCUCGA